GGCACCGAAUCGACACAACAGCGGGCGGAGGACGGAGGAAGACUAGGAUGCCGGAGAAGACGAUGGGUUCGAAGAUCCCUUUCCUGCUCUCCCUGCUCUUUACUGCUCACCUCCAAGGUGCAUCUGAGGCCCAGCCCAUCCCUCGGGCAGAACUAGCCGAUUUCAAGGAUCUUCUGGAGCGCUUUGAAAACAAACUGGAGUUGGCAGAAAGAGAAGGACUUGAACAAGAUCAGAACGAAGCAAAUGACGAGCCAGCGGGAGACGCAGCCCAGCCGCUCUCUUCCUGGGAUGGCGAAUACCCAAGACCUCAGAGCGAAGGCAGCAAUGCCCGCCUCAACUGGCAAUAUCCAGAAAAAGCACCAGCAGCUGUGCGGAACAAACUGGGGGGCCUUUUCAGUGGGCCCCGCAGGUUAUCCAGCUGCUUCGGACAACGGCUGGACAGAAUAGGGGCAGUGAGCGGACUUGGAUGCAAGAGAAGCCACUACUGAAGCUGAGUGGAAGGUACCUCAUCACUCAUCUUACCCCAAAGGCGUUUUUGUUUCGUUAAGACUCUUUCAGCCAACAGUGUGCUCCACCCACCGAAAAAACCCUUAACACAUCGAUCCCGGAGUUUGGACGAAUUAUCAGCAUUUCACUCCAACUGAAACACACCCCGCAGGGCACUUGUGAGGCCAAAGCAAGACCACGCAGCCCCCAAGCCAACAGUUCUCAAGUUAAGAAUGGGAGAGAAAUCUAACGUUUUCCCCUAAUCACGUGAAUUUAAAGACGUAUAUGCUUUUAUGCACCCAAUCUACUGGAUAACUCGCAAUCAGGAAUUUAAGAUGAUUCAGCACCAAGGACAGAGACAGGGCACAGGGUGAGUUCUUUCCAGCACGCCCAAUUCUUAUUCAUAAAUUAAAUGAACAGGUGUAAUGAUAUCUUACUUUCUCCCCCCUAAACAAAACUCAAGGAAGCGGGGCCCAAUUAGGAGGCCAAGCAGACUGUAAUGGGGAAAGAAAGAUUGGUUUUCCAAAACCGCACAGGCUAAGAAAGCCCCCUUAAAAUGCCUUGUUGCCAAACACCUGUACAAGAAUAGCAAUUUGGGGUUUGUGGGGAAAUGGGAAGGACCC